GGGCUGGAGAUAGUCUGAUUUCAUAUUGUAUUUAGACACUAUCUAUUCCAAUCAACAGCCGUUUCUAGAAUAUUCACAUGUAUUUGUGUUUUCGCUCCUGCAUGUUUCCACAGCCAUAAAUUCUUCGCUUCCUGAAUUUCAGCGAUUUUAAUAUUAGGCUGAGUCUUUAACAUAUCUACAUACACAGUUUUUGCACUGUAUUUCAUUUUUCCUACCUACUUAUUUCUUAUUUCCCUUCUCUCUUUCCAAAUUGGGGUAGAGGAGCUCUGGAAGGAAGUUGUCUCUAGUGUAUUGAUUUGUGCUCAUGUUUGGCUCAUGAUUAUGAAUAGUUUAUAAACACUUAAGCCACUUUUUUAUCCACACACAUUUCGGGGACCCACAAGUACGACUUACUUAUCCACCACUUAUUUCUAUCUAUUAAUAACUUAAACCAUUUAUAAACACUUUUCAAACAUGCUCUUAUCUUUGUUUGAACUUUUAGAUUUAGGGAAUAUCUUGUACACAUAUAUACUGUUGAAGAGAAUAAGAAACAGUUAUACAUUUCUACGGAUGUUUGCUCGAAUAUUUAUAGUUCAUCUAAUCAUCUUCAUAUUAAGCUAAACCUACUUGCUUAUUGAGGUCGAAACUGGUCCAGUGAUUCCAGUGAAGUGCUUGUUGAUUAUGUGCAUGCAGUGUUGUAAUCCAAUUCUUUUCCCAAAAUACUUGUAUUGCAUGUUUGUGCAGGAAUGAUAAUCCUAAACGGUUUCUUGAACUUUUUCAUUCUCUACUUGUUGCGUUAUAAAUCAACUAGUGCUGAAAUAUUACGCCUUCUUUUCAUCAGCAUGACAGCUCCUCUAAUACCUUCAAAUGCCCUUAAAUCUGGAGAGACAGAUUUGCAAGUUACAGGAAAUCUAAUGCGAUUCAUUGUGACUGCAAAUCUUCUUGGACUUCCUGCCAUCUCUGUCCCGGUAAGGGAUGAUGACCUUAAUCUUCCUUGGUUCUUCUCAGUGCCCAGUCUUUGAUAAGAAAUCGAUAUUUUCAAUCUGAAACUUGACUAACUUGCACAUUCGUUGUAUUUAGGAAUUAAGCACAGGUUCCAAAACUGGGUAAUUUUAAAGUUAUUUUCCUAAUUAGUUUUGCUUAAUUAUAUCAAGCAAACAAGAAAGAUGAAAAUCUUGCGAGCAUGGUGCUAAACAUAUGGUUUAUUAGAACAACUGGGAUAUCUUUUGGGACAUAAUAAAAUUGAUCCUUUCUGGCUGAGUUACGAUAUUUCUACAGUUCUUAUUGAAUGUGGCCAAAGAUCUUGCAAGCCAGUUAUAUGUUUUAACUUGAUCCAGUAGGCCAAAGAAUAACAGUUUCCAUAUUAUGCUUUCUGUGCUUUAUGAAGUUCAACUCUUUAUACGUUGAUAAU